AUGGCGAGCCAAGGCGGGUCAUCAAGGCGGAGCUUAUCGUCUUUGCAAGGAGGGAAGAAGAAAUCCAUGGAUUUUGGCGACACUACUCGGAGAUCUCUCACUGUUUCACGUUCUCCUUUGGGUUUAACGGGAGGAGAGCGAACUGUUAAACGUUUAAGGCUAUCUAAAGCCAUUACAGUUCCAGCAACGACUACUAUAUACGAUGCUUGUAAAAACAUGGCUUCACGAAAGGUUGACGCAUUGUUGUUGACUGACUCCAACGAAAUGCUUUGUGGUAUUCUUACUGACAGGGAUAUAGCCACAAGAGUGAUCUCUCAGGAAGUUAAUGUUGAGGAAACACCUGUGUCCACGGUUAUGACUAAGAACCCGAUGUUUGUUCUUUCUGAAUCACUUGCUGUUGAAGCUCUUCAGAAGAUGGUUCUAGGAAAAUUCAGACAUCUGCCUGUUGUUGAAAACGGCGAAGUGAUUGCUUUGUUAGAUAUAGCAAAGUGUCUUUAUGAUGCGAUUGCUCGCAUGGAGAGGGCAGCUGAGAAAGGUAAGGCAAUAGCUGCUGCGGUUGAAGGUGUUGAAAGAAGUUGGGGAACAAACACUUCAGUUCCCAAUACUUUCAUUGAAACGCUACGAGACCGGAUGUUUAGACCUUCUUUAUCAACAAUUAUACCAGAUGAUACAAAUGUUUUGAAAGUCUCACCAGCGGAUACAGUGUUGACUGUAGCAAAGAAGAUGGUUGAACUUAAAUCAAGCUGUGCAGUCGUGAUGAUCGAGGACAAGCUUGGAGGGAUAUUUACUUCCAAGGAUAUACUGAUGCGGGUUGUGGCUGAAAAUCUUCCUCCAUCUGAGACUACAAUGGAACAGGUUAUGACACCGAAUCCUGAAUCUACGACAGUUGACACACCAAUCGUUGAAGCUCUGCACAUCAUGCACGAGGGGAAAUUUCUACACCUUCCUGUUACUGACAAAGAGGGAGAUGUAGUUGCAGUUGUCGAUGUAAUCCAAGUAACUCACGCUGCUGUCGCCACAGCUGGAACUACUGCUGGAAUAGGUAACGAGGCGACAAACACAAUGAUGCAAAAGUUUUGGGAUUCAGCAAUGGCAUUGUCUCCUAAUGAGGAAGACGAGGACACGAGAAGUGAAAACUCUUUGAAAGUUGCUUCUGAAGCUGAGACAGGAAAAUCCUUAUCUUUGCCAAAUACAUUUUCUUUCAAAUUCGAAGACAAGAAGCACAGAAUGCACAGAUUCAUAAGUGACACUGGUAGUUUGACAGAAGUGGUAACCGCGAUACUUCAGAGACUAGGGGAUGAUAUCGAUUCAGACAUACCCCAUAUUUUUUAUGAAGACGAAGACCUUGAUAAAGUGUUGUUGGCUUCAGAUAGUGAUCUUCAAGCAGCCAUAGACCAUGCAAAAUCAAUUGGCUGGAAGAGUCUGAGAUUAUAUUUAGAUGAUUCAAGAAAAGGCAAAGGAAGGAGAAGAAGAGCAACAGUAUCAGCAGAGGCAAUGGAGUAUGUAGAGAAAGACGGUUGGGGUGCUACUUACAGUGGAGUUGCGGCUGGUGCAGCAUUAGUUGCUGGUCUUGGUUUUAUGGCUUAUCUCAGGAGAGCUGGAGAGUAA